CUUGCCUCCCUCCAUCAUACGCUCUUGACGAGCAGACCGUGUCCAUCGCCGUCUCUUAGAUUCUGCUAGGUUGACCUGUGGCGCAUAUACACGUUGCGUGCAACAGGAACGAAUAGGUACCAACAUAGCGCAUACAUACACUACAACAGUGUAACUUUCGUCCACAUUACGACAUCCCCGUCUCGUGGAACCAUCUAGUCCUUGGGUCACAUCACGCACGCAUUCUCCCGUACUCAUCUCACCACUUGACACGCGAGACGUACGAAACGAGAGAAACUGAUAAAGAUCCACGACGACGACAAGGAGACAUUAAGUAGAAAGGCUCGGAGAGUCUCAGGAGAUAUAUCCAUCCAGCAACGACUCGCAACGAGACUUGACGAGAAAUCUCACGCAUAAUUUGUCCUUAAACACAUUAAAUCGCCAUGUCACCUCUAUCACCCUCUGACUCAGUCGACGCAUUCCUCUCUUGGCUCGCAGCACCCGCCAGCAACACCGAGCCCACAGGCCCAGUCUCCUUCGUGCCAACUGGUAGAGGAUCUGUAUCCGAUCAGGAAUAUGCCGCGAGGUUGAGAGAACUCGCUCGGAGCCCAUUGGAGGAUAUGGCUAAACCGUUAUUGGGACCUAUACCGGUGAACGUGUCGACCACACCUGGUUCGAAUGGUGAAGGUGGGAAGACACCGAAACCGAAGACGAAGCAUGCGAAGAAGCCGAGUGCGCAAGCUAAGGCGCAGUAGAGGUUGUUUGAUUUUCUGUCGGACCGGUUUCUUCUCUUGAUGUUGUCAGUAUUAAUAUUUCGAAAAACCCAAAUUGCCUCUUCGGCUUUCUGUUCCGGACAUCCUUUCCUUUCUCGUUUACCUCGUCCACGCCCCGAAAACGAAAUCGCCAAAUUUCUGGGACUGGACGAUCCAUCACCUUCCAUCUCCACGCUGCACCACCGUAAUCCAACCCAAAUCCAAUCCAAUUGCAGUUCAAUUCAACCUUGCAUGUUUUUAACUAUCUCAUCGUGUCGUCAACUUACCACUGCUGUCAACUCUGUGUUGUAGUAAGUAUCCCACGUGUCGAUUAUAUGCUCUCCUUUGUCAAUGAAAUAGUACUGACAAGUUGUCAUUUAUUUCUUUUCUUGUCGCAUGCAAUCCUUUUUUUCACCCCGCCUCGUCUUAGUAUUCUGCUCAUCAUACCUGUAUCUGGACCGAUUCCUUCCUUCUCUUGUCUCUUCCCUUCCACUUUUCUCCUCUCGUUUUCUUUCCUUCUGUGUAAUUUUGAGAUAUUCAUUUCUCGUGUCUUUAUUUGUGUCUGUCUGAGUCUGGUAUGGUAUGGUAUGGUAUAUUUCCUAGUAUAGGUCCCUAAAAAGAAACACUAGGUCUGUGACCGUUUCUCUCGUUUCUUUCCCUUCCUCAGUAUCGUUGACGGGUUCUUUUCUUCUUCUUCACGUUCCC